CCGUAAUAUUACAAGCACACUUUGUUAAUUACAGGACCAGUUCUACGGUGGGCUUGAGUUUCAUUGGUGAGAAGUACGACACAUGAUGAGGCAGUGGGCCUAUACUGAUUUUGUUAAGUGAUAACUAAUAGUUUAACCAAAUCAAGUCUGUCAUCAUCCGCAUUAAACGGUAUACGGAUCCGGAGGAUAAACACGACAGCGCCAUAACGGGAGCACAAUGAGGCAUUUAACGGCUCAUGUAGUGGUGAUUACCGCCCCUACAGACGACUGUGGCGUUCCCGGCUUUAUCGACUCUAAUUGGCUAUUAACACUGUGAUCGUAUGCUGUCGAUUGUUGUAGAAAUUACAUGGCCUGUAUAUAAAGUCCUCUUCCUCUUACAAAAUAUUUCAGGAAAUGAUUCUGGGAUUUCAACAUGUGUAUUUGAACCACGUGAAAUUUAUUUCACUUGUUCAUUUCAUAUUAAUGUGUUAACGUUAUAUUUGAAUUGCUGUUUGUGUCGGAUUGGAUUGGAAUUUGACCACAUAUCUGGAGACAGUGUAACAUGAAGGUUGAAUUGGAGGGCCAGGAUAAUUCAGCUGUGAGAAGUUUACAAAGAUUACACGCCAUGGUUUUGAAGAAGAAUGACAUGCCAAACGAUAUUCCUGGAAUGGGCACCUCAAACAAAGGACGGAAACCUCGACACAGGACCACGUUUUCUCCAUUUCAACUGAAAGAAAUGGAAAAAGCAUUCCGAAGAGCCCCCUACCCAGAUGUUGUCACCAGAGAAGACUUGGCACGAAAAUUGACUUUAAACGAAUCCAGAGUACAGAUCUGGUUCCAAAACAGACGCGCUAAGUGGAGAAAAGGUGUGGCCCCAAAAGUCGACAUAUGUCCUGAAGAAGAUUUCUCCACCAAUAAGACAGAACCUGUCAACCAACUGCCACCUGCUCCAUCAACAGAGACCGUUCCUAAUAAGGAGGGGGCGUGGCAGCCAUGGUCGCUUUUAGCCGGAGACUAUUCAUACUACCAACCAUCAUGGUUGGGACCGGUUGCAGAACAGUCACAGACUCAUUACCUUUCUCACCACCAGGCGGCGCCACUGACUGGUCUCGUGGAACAUAUGUCAUUUCCGUCUCCGAUUAAUCUCGUUCAGAGGGAGAUGAUGUCUCGGGAUACACAGUUCAUGAAUAAAUACGUGUUUGGAAAACCCAACAAAGAGUCAUCAAACUCACGGAUGAAAAUAUUUAAUUAAUCGCCACUUACCAACUUAUACAUGUAUUUAUUGAAAACAGCUUGUUAUGGCCAAAUAUAAUAAUAAAGUAUGUUAGCUUCGGUAUCAUUAGUUUUAUUUAACAAAGGUAAUUAUAUGUAUUUGACACAUUUGUAUGUAUGAAUUACAUUGUUUAUCCGUUUAAACUGUUUAAUGAGAUAUCUUCAACCUUGUAACAAGAUUUCUUAAGGAACAUUGGUGUAUAGUUGAGUGCAGUAUAAUAACGCACAAAUAUGAAGAAAUGUCUGAAUGGCAAACAAGAACAGUGAAAUUGUUUACUUUUGUUUCUGAAACAACAAAUGGAUACUUUCGUUUUAAAUCAUAGUGUUUCUAGAAACAAGGCAUAAUAUACCUUUAACAAUUUCUAUGAAUACACCAUUGAUAUACUUUCUGCUUUACAGUUUCUGUGAAUUCAUUGUACCGAGGAUUACGUUUGAUAUUGUUCCAAACAUCCUGGAAUAAAAACCACAAAUCGAUGUC